UCAAAAGAAAGAAUGCCUGCACCUGGAAAAGAUGCUGCAGUUAAUCCGCGUAUUGCCAGUCUUGUGGAUCAAAUCGCAUCGUUAACUUUAAUUGAAACUUCAGAGCUAGUACAAUUAUUAAAGACCCGUUUGAAUAUUCAUGAUGUUGUACUGCCAGCUGUUAACGUGGCUGCGUCAGCUAAUCCAGCUACUGCACCUGCAGCUUCCGAUCAUAUUGAAGAAGAAAAAGCUCCGGAGAAAACUGAGUUUACUGUCAAACUAGAAAAAUAUGAUGCAGCAGCCAAAACAAAAAUAAUUCGUGAAAUUAAAAAUCUUAUGCCUGGAACAAAUCUCGUGGAGGCUAAAAAAUUUGUCGAAAGUGUUCCAAAGGUUAUAAAGGAAAAAGUAAAUAAAGAAGAAGCAGAAAAGAUUAAAAAGACUCUGGAAGGUCUUGGCGGCACUGUCAUAUUUGAAUAA